AUGUCUUCUACUGACAAAGGAAGUGAUACAGCUGAAAAUGCUCUCAAAAAUGCUGAAAUUGAACAACCAAAUGUCUGUGAGACAGAGAAAGAACUUCCACUUGCUAAUACCAACGUAAUUUCUCAGGUGGAAACCAAUGAAUCAUGCAUGGAGCUAAACUCAUCAAUCUCUCAAGAAGAUAUGUGUCCACAAGCAACAGAAAAUAGCCAGUCUGAAGCAGAGAUGACUCAAAAUGAUCCACCAAAUGAAGAAUUAACAGAUGACGCUCUUCCACUACAGAUACCUAUUCCAAGAAAGCUGACAUUUCCUAGGUUAAGAUUGUUUAGCAUUAUCUAUCUCUCUAUCCCACAACCACAAAUUCAUGAAAACAAGCCCUUAUAUGAUAAAACAAUGUUCUACAGAGGAAGGAUGGAGAUGAGAAUAAGUGAUUGUUUUUCUAAUUUCACAUGUGACAAAAUAGUACAUUCUCAUUUCCUGCAAAGGCGGAUCCCGUUCGUUCAUUUUGAUGAGAUAAAUAGGAUGAUCAUUUGCCUAUUGGGCAGUAAUUUCUCUCCACCUGAGCAUUGUCAACAUAACACAUGUUUAAAGCAUAGAUAUGUAUCCAUUCUUUCUGACCCAAAUGUUCUCAACAACAUUGAAAGGAAUAUUGUCUUUGGAAGGCCUAUGAGAGUGUACUACUACCACCCACUUAUUGAAAGAUUGACUCAAAGAAAAACUAGUAAGUCCUAUCAAAACAACAAUGGAAACCACCCUUCUCUGAGGCCAAGAUUCUACCUGCCACAGUUCCCAACCCAGAACAUUGUCCAUAGAAAAUAUUUUAAAAAUAAUUGGAGAACUUGUCACAAACUGAAACUAGUAAUCAUAACCUACAAGAAUAAUUGGAAAUAUCUUUGUCCUGUCUGUGGGUGUACUUUCAACAACUUUCAAGAUUUUAAACAUCAUUUCUGUAACUUUUCUGGAAAUUAA